AUGUUGAGCGAUUCAACUAAGUCGUCCGAUUUCACGAUGUCUACCGACUCGACGAUGUCGACCGAUUCAACGAUGUCGACCGAUUCAGCAUUCGCUUCCGAGCAAUUCGGCGACGAGCACGAGAAUCAAGCUAAGAAAUCAGACAUUACAGUCAAGCACGCAAAUGUAUUCUCUUCAUUCACACCUGGAAUGUCAUUGUGUGAGCUUCUUGAAAAAACCGAAAUUCAGGACAGAAACGAGAGAGUUCUCAAAGAAAUCGUCGAAGAACUAAAAGCUCUUCCAGAGGAUGCUGAACCAGUUGAUGUCGAUUUCAUCAGAGAAUGGAUUCCGUCCAGAAAGUUGGCCGGAGAAGAAAUGGAGAGCGAGAACUUUUCUGCUAUUUUCGUUCAUCCAACUUCUGACUCCGAAAUCGCAAACAAAAUCGGUGGGAGACAAUUCAAUGAGUGCUUCAAAACUCGCACCUACAUUAACAACACAAAGUUGAACCCAUUUUUGUUGGGAAAAAACUUUGCCGCUGCUCAUCAAAGAGAGAUCUGCCAAAACAGAACCACUGGAUUAUUCGAUGGAUGGAAAGACGAUCUGCUGGUCAAGUUUGAUGAAAAAGUGAAAUCCAGACCAGUUCUGAAAGAAACCGGUGAAGUUUUGCUUGGCGCCCCACCAGCUGACCUUUUGAUGGAAGCAAUCGACAUUGAACAUGCCCCGGCACCUGAAAUCAUCGCUCUGCUCAAUCAUAAUUUAAAAUCCACAGGACUCCAAGUAGACGAUCUUCGCUGUCGUUCUGAGGAAAUCCUGGCUCAAAUUCCACGAGAGCUGUCGGAGGAAAUUAUCAUUGACGAGAUGACCCAAGCGAUAAAGAAAUCAGCGGCGGCACUCCUUCAUAUUAGCAACUGUGCCAAACAUUUUGCCGUCUACGUCUUUUUCUUGGAAAGCGCACCAUACCGUUUCUACCAAGCUGUGGUGUCCUUGUCUAACCCAGCUCCAUGGAGCUUUGGACUACUGUCGUUCUUCACAAACUGGGCCAAGUAUGCAAAACAUCGCAAGGAGAUUGGUUCCCUCACCUACGAGCCUAUCGAUGACGAAAGCAAGAACUACGCUACCAUGAAGAACGAUUUGCAUGACUUCAUAACUAAAGCCACCAUUCAAAUUAUGACUUCUAGCUGUCAUGCAUCGCUACAAGGAAUUGUUGCUGAGAAACUGUUGGAGAACUACUAA